AUGAACAACGAACACGACUUCGCCCGGAGCGUGCCCAACCACCUCGCGGCGUAUAUCGUCCCCGCCACGCCCGCCGAUCUCCACAACAACGGCAACGAGAUCAUCGACUGCAGCAUCUGCUAUUUCGAAUUUUCUCCGUCUCCAGCCAACAAGGAGACCACCACCACCACCACCACCACCACCACCACCACCACCACCACAGCACCAAUGGAGCAGGCCGUGCCCUGCCGUCCUCCCGUCAAACUCGCACUGUGCGGACACGUCUUCUGCCGCGUGUGCAUCAUGGCCCACCUGAACGGCCACCAUCAGGGUCUCGCCCCGCCCUGCCCCAUGUGCCGCCAGCCGUGCUAUCCCCAAACCGCCGUCGCCAAUGACACGCUCAGCGACGUCGAGGUCGACGUUGAUGAUCUCGAAGAGCUGGGGGAUUUUAUGGUCGAGGGAGUGAGGGCGGGAGGAGGAGAAGAAGAAGAAGACAGAGGAGAUAUCUUGGCCUUUAUUAGCGAAGAUAUAUUCGGGGUGGCUGAGGCCGGUGGGAGAGAGGAGGAGAUUGAGGGAGAUGAGGAGAGGGUAGAGGGGGAGAGGAUAGAGGAGGAUGAGGAGAUGAGGGAUUAUGAGUGGGAAGACGAGGAUGAUGAAGACGACGAGGAAGACGGGGAUUUUGAGCCUGAAAAGGAGGAGGAGGUCGAGGAGGAGUAUGAGGAGGACGAUGAAGAAAUCGACCUCAUGGAGCUAUCGGAGUAA